GGUGUUUAGCACAGUAGCACUCAUAGAUUCAUUACAUUAUUUUCUCAAAAAAGUUCACUAUUUUUUACUUUGUGGGUGUUUGGCACUCAAUAGAUUUACUUUGGUUUUUAAAAAAGUGUUCUUUCGCCAAUCAAUUGUUGCGCAAUUUCAUUAUGGGUCUUUGUGGGUCUGAAGACUGAUACAGUUGGAGAAGCGUAUGUAUAUGUCGGUGGGAGUUUGGAAAACGGAGUUGUAGUAGUAAUUGAGUACACCCUGAAGGAUCUUUAUUAUGUCCAUCUGUAUUCUUCUUGUAUAUCCUCCUUUAUUAUCCGAAUCUCAUCACUCUGAACCACCUUUCGUUCCAAUUUGCCAUGAUCUUUGUCCUUCUUCCCCACUUCAUUCAAACCAUUGCCCGACUUCCCAAACAAUUUCUUGUGUACCCAAAAGUGUAAUUACCCGGAACGAAGCCUCAAGCCUCUUGGGUUGUUCAAGGUACGGAAAACCUCAUUUGGGUUUUGCUGUAGCGUGCUGUUAUUGCUUACUUUGUGCUCUGAUUUGACUGGAGACUUCCUUUGAUUGACUUGUCCGAGUCGGAUUCUGAACCGUGUUGACUCGGUAAAAGGAGCGUUGGUGAGGAUUGACUCAGAUUUGUGGUGUUGGAUGAUUUCAGUUUUGAUCUGGUUAUAAUAAGCCCUGUCAAAAGAUAGUAGUUUUGGAGUGCUGCACUUUUUUGUGGGUCUUGAAAAUGGAGCAUAACUAGAUUGGUAUGUGAAGCUGGAUUGCUUGUUUCAGAGCUGCUCUUAAGUUUGUUGUUUUCCUUCGGAAUUCUGGUGCUGGGAUGGGUAGUAAGUGCUCUAAACUCACAUCAUGUUGCUGGGCUUCACAGCAAAAUGGGCCAAUUUAUGAGGCACCUACUAGAGUUGAAAAGGAGGAGAAGAGUGAAGUCGAUGAGUUGCCCGUCUUUUGUGAAUUCACCAUUGAGCAACUUAGAAAUGCUACGUCCGGAUUUGCGGCAGAGAACAUAGUUUCUGAACAUGGGGAAAAGGCUCCUAAUGUUGUUUAUAAAGGGAAGUUGGAUCAAAAGCGGAUCGCUGUCAAACGCUUUAAUAGGUCUGCUUGGCCGGAUGCCCGCCAGUUUUUGGAAGAAGCAAGAUCUGUAGGUCAACUCAGGAACCAUAGAUUAGCAAAUCUACUUGGUUGCUGUUGUGAAGGUAGUGAGAGACUACUUGUUGCCGAAUUUAUGCCCAAUGAGACGCUUGCAAAACACCUAUUCCAUUGGGACACACAGCCUAUGAAGUGGGCAAUGCGCUUGAGAGUAGCUUUAUAUCUUGCACAAGCUCUAGACUACUGUACGGGCAAAGGACGUGCCCUGUAUCAUGAUCUUAAUGCUUACAGAGUAGUCUUUGAUGAUGAGUGUAACCCUAGACUGUCAUGCUUUGGUUUAAUGAAGAACAGUAGAGAUGGAAAAAGUUACAGCACGAACCUUGCAUUCACCCCUCCAGAGUAUCUAAGGACUGGAAGAGUAACUCCAGAAAGUGUAGUUUAUAGCUUCGGCACCCUUUUGCUUGACCUUCUAAGUGGAAAGCACAUACCUCCAAGCCAUGCUCUUGACCUCAUACGGGAUAGGAAUAUUGAGAAGCUAACGGAUUCUUGCUUGGAGGGCCAAUUUUCUAAUGAUGAAGGAACAGAGUUACUACGUUUAGCUUCAAGAUGCUUACAAUAUGAGCCAAGAGAGCGGCCAAAUCCAAAGUCAUUGGCUGCUGCUUUGAUUCCUCUUCAGAAGGAAACUGAGGUUCCUUCUCAUGAAUUGAUGGGAAUUCCACAUAGUGCUGCGUCUUUUCCCCUAUCUGCACUUGGUGAAGCUUGCGUAAGAAAGGAUUUGACUGCCAUACAUGAGAUCUUAAAUAAGAUUGGGUAUAAAGAUGAUGACGGAGCAGCAACUGAGCUUUCAUUCCAGAUGUGGACGCACCAGAUGCAGGACACAUUGAAUUCAAAGAAAAAGGGCGAUGUAGCAUUUCGGCACAAAGACUUCAGAGCAGCUAUUGAAUGCUACACACAGUUUAUUGAUGCUGGAACCAUGGCUUCCCCCACGGUGUUUGCUCGACGUAGCCUGUCCUAUCUCAUGAACAAUAUGCCGCAGGAAGCCCUCGAUGAUGCAGUGCAAGCGCAAGUAAUAUCCCCCGUGUGGCAUAUCACAUCAUAUCUACAAGCUGCUAGUCUUUUUGCUUUGGGAAGGGAGAAUGAGGCACAAAUUGCCCUCAAAGAGGGUUCAAUACUUGAAGAAAAGAGGAACGAAACUUCCUGACAAUGGCAAAGAGGAGGUCCAGUCUAAUCUCUUUUCUUCUGAAUUGCAUCUUUCGUAAAGGUGGCCAUCACACGUCAAACACAAUGCUUCUUGGUUUCAAGCAAAACACAAGCUCCUCAGCCUCGAAAAAACCACAGGUUUUAAGGGACGCAAUAGUCUCUGUCCACUGCACGCGUAACUAGUUGUUUUUGUAUUCGUUUUUUGAAUCAUUCUUUUGCAUCACUACUGGGUUGUUUGGUUUUGUUUGGUCAGUUUAUUUGGGCGGUGGGGAGCAUGCCUCGGUAGCAUGACCACUCUGCCCAAUGGUGACAAUACCUUACCUUUUCCAUUAACCUACGGGAGUUGUUCAGAUACAAUUGACUCAGAUUAUGUUCGUACAGGAAUCAAUUGUGAGUUACAUGCUGAAAUUCGUGUACAGUACACUUUCUUUCUGCUGAUAAUUGAUGAUUUUGGAUCA